CAUAUUGUGACACACACACAUACACACUCAACACACAGUUGCAAUGGCUGCUUCUCUCAAUUUCUUAUCCCUAACCCCCCAAACCCUAUCCCUCCACCACACCUCCUCCUCCGCCGCCGCCUCCGCUUCCACCCUAUUCACUCCCUCUUCUCUCAAACCCCUGCCUAAACUCGUGCUCGCUCUCUCCCCAGCCACCAAUUUCGCGCACACCACUUCCAGGUUUGUCAGGUGCGUCGCAAUUUCGUCCGAGGUGGACGAGACGGUGGAAGAGGGAGAAGGAGAGGACUUCUCCGCCCCGGAGGAGCAGAGCUUCUCGCCGGACUUGAAACUCUUCGUCGGGAAUUUGCCGUUCAACGUUGACAGCGCAGCCCUUGCCGGUUUGUUUGAACAAGCCGGAAACGUUGAGAUGGUUGAGGUAAUCUACGACAAGCUAUCCGGAAGAAGUAGGGGUUUCGGUUUCGUGACCAUGUCUUCACUCGCGGAAGCUGAAGCUGCAGCGCAACAAUUCAACGGAUACGAACUUCAAGGCAGAGCAUUGAGGGUAAACUCGGGCCCACCACCUGCCAAGAGCGACACUCCAUUUGGAGGACCUAGGCGGACGAGCUCCGGCAACACAAACAGAGUUUACGUCGGUAACCUUUCAUGGGGUGUUGACAAUUCUGCCCUCGAGACCUUGUUUAGCGAGCAAGGACAGGUUCAGGAAGCUAGGGUUGUUUAUGACAGAGAGAGUGGUAGGUCAAGGGGAUUCGGUUUUGUUACUUACAGCUCGCCUGAAGAGGUCAACAGUGCCAUUGAAGCAUUGGACGGAGCCGACCUUGAUGGUAGAUCUAUUCGAGUUAGCCCCGCUGAAGAACGCCCUCGUUACUAAUUAAAUCAUCCAAAUUAUGAAUUAUGCAUGUUAGAGAUAAAUGCACGAGAGAUAUCAAGAAUUGCCCGAGCAGUAGAGUCCUGGAACAAAUUGAUCAACUCUCACUCGAUUCGCAACGGUGGAAUUGACUUUUUGAAUCAAGACUAGUACGUGUCUGCUGGGUGUUUUGACCUUUUUUGAAUAGAAACUCUGUAAUCCUUAAAAAUAGUAGUUUCUUCUUCCGCAGAAAGAUGAUUUUUCGAUUAUUAUUUGGUUUUUUUUUCGUGUUGUAUGAAACAUAUUUGCUAUGGUUUUAUUAUGCCGAAAUCUCCUCUCAUUAAAUAAUUCUGAAAU